ACGGCUAUAUAUGUAUAUUUUGCCAAUACGGAACCCUAAUGAUCGAAUUCUCUAUUUCUCUCCUUAGGAUUCUUGAAAGAUGAUGCUUAAAGUUGGAAUAUACUAGGGUAUUCUCUUCUCUGAUCGUUCGCUAUUCUACAUGCAAUUGCAAUUGUCGAUUAGCUUAAGUAUUUUUUCAGUUGCAAGUUCGCUGAAUUUUGCAAGACUAAGGCCUAAGGGUGUAUAAUGUUCGCAGUGGUGAUUAAAUUUGUUUUCAGCGCUUGAUCACUUCUGCCUAUUGUGGAGAAAGAAGUGAUUUCCCAAAUUUCACUUGAAAUAAAAGUCAAGUUACUCUUCAAUUUGGGUUCACACCCUGUAGAAGUUCUUUGGUAGAAAAACCAGAAGUGAUGUAAAAAUUGGAGAAUGAAUGCAAUGCAGCAACAACAACAUCAGCAACAAAAUAUUAACAACAGUAUGAAUAAUGCUCCUGACAAUCAGUUGCAACAGAAAAUGAGGCAGAUAUAUCAAGUGAUGCAGAAGAGAGGGCACCCUGAACAGCAACAGCAACAAAAUAUUAACAACAGUAUGAAUAAUGCUGCUGACAAUCAGUUGCAGCAGAAAAUGUGGCAGAUACAUCAAGUUAUGCAGAAGAGAGGGCACCCUGAACAGCAACAGCAACAGCAACAGCAGCAGCAGCAACAAACUGGGCAGCAAAUUCAACUUCAGCGACAUAUGGGGCAAUUGAAUCAACAACAUCAAAGACUAGCACAAGAGAAUCUACUUUUACAGAAUCUGAGACCACAGAAUCAACUGCAGCAGAAAAUCUGGCAACAUAAUCAACAAGAACAGCAAAUUCGGGAGACAAAUCAACUGCAACCUCAACGAAUGGUGCAGCCACAUCAAACAGGGCAAGAGAAUCGAUUGCAACAGCCACAGACAGGGCAUCAGAAUCAGUCACAACAGCAGCAGUGGACAGGGCACCAGAUUCAGUCGCCACAGCAGCAGACAGUGCAGCAGAGUCAGUUGCAACAGCAGAAAAUGAAGCAGUACUAUCAAUGGCGAUCACAGAAAAUGAACCAGUACUAUCAGAGUCAACUGUCACCUCAACAAAUUGAGGAGCCACAUCGAAUAGGGCGACAGAAUCAAUUGCAACUGCAGCAGAUGGGGCAGCAAGAUGAAUUGCAACAGCAGAAUGGGCAACAGGAUCAGUCACAACAGCAACAGCAGACAGUGCAGCAAAAUCAAUCGCAACAACAGCAGAUGGGGCAGCAGAAUCUGUUGCAAUCGCAUCAAAUGGAGCAGCAAAAUCAGUUGCAUCUGCAGCAAAUUGGGCAACAGGGUCAGUUAUCACCUCAACAAACGGGGGAGCAGAUUUGGUUGCAGCAGAAGCUAAGUUUGCUGCAGAGUGAACGGCUGGGUAUAACAGAGUCCAUGCUGAUGGAGCAUCUGCCAAUGUCAUCUGGUCAAGCAGCAGCUACUGCCUCCCCGCUUAAUCAGCUUCUGACUUUGUCACAACAGAGAGAAGGGUUUAUGCAAGGCUCUCAUGCUGGUCAUUCUCCCAGACAGUCCUUGCCAGGAAUGCAAGGAAUGAGGUUCACAGGAUCGCUACAACAAAAUGCACUAUCUGGUAGUCAGGUGCAGAAUCUCACAAGGCCAUCAUAUAUGAAUGCUCAAAUUCCGGGGCCGGCACAAAAUAAGCAAUUGAGUAUGAUGCAGGAUGCUAUAUCUCAACAACAGCAGUUAAAGCAGUUGCAAUCUGCAAAUUCUCUCAGUAUUCAACAACGAUUUCUUCUCCAGAAGCAUAUUGCUUCUUUACAGACGCCUUCAAAUUCGAUAGGACUGAAUUCACAGCAGUUGUCCCAAAUCGUGAAGCCACAAACGCAGUUGAGCCAUCCCCAGGUACAUCAACAGAAACAACAGCAGGAGCUACCACCCGAUCAACUUCUCCAGCAGCAGCAGUCUCCGAGAUUGGUGGCCCCAGGAGCUCAGAAGCCUUUGAUUUUGAGUGGAUCAGAGCCAGAGGCAAUUGCAUCUAGAAAUACCACAUCUGGUGGAAAUUCAAGCCAUGGGGAAAAGGAGAGCGAUCAAAUUCUUGGGAAGAGAAAGCUACAAGACUUGGUAUCACAGUUGGAUGUGAAUGCCAAGCUGGACCCCAAACUUGAAGACACCCUUUUGGAUAUUGCUGAUCACUUCAUUGAUAAGGUUACUGAAUUUGCCUGCGAAAUGGCAAAGCAUCGGAAUUCUUCAACUCUGGUUGCAGAAGAUGUGCUGCUGCAUCUAGAGCGAAACUGGAAUUUGACCAUUCCUGGAUAUUCGAGUAAAGGAAAACAGCAUAAUCCCAAUCCCAACCAUGAAGAAGAAUCUGCAACGAUGGAAUCAAGACCAUCUAAGAGAAGUAAUUUGGGUAAGAAGAUGGGUAGCAAUUCAGUUGGUUUGAACCAUGUGUAAGAAGCCCUUCUCCAAAUUCAGAGCAGUUGGUUUCGCAAAAUGCCGAGCCUGUGGCCAGGCCACAGAUGCUGCAACAGACCAACAGAGUCCGAUAGGUAUUCUGUUUCUAUGCAACUCGACAUGCAUAUAUACAUAUGUUUCUUUAGUAAAACUUUCAAUAGUUUGGAUUUGAUAAAAUAAUAUUUAUAAAAUGUUUUAUAGUCGAGAAAGUUGGAGACUGUUUUGUAUUUUAAUUUAGAUAACAUAUUUUAAAAAUUGAAUUGAAUAGUAUUUAUUUGUGUCUACAACCAGACACAUCCUCUUAACUCUUGAUAACCCCUGGAUUGUGAUAAUUUAUUUUCAAGUAAGUUAAAAAUAAAUACAGCUCAUAUUUUUGCACUAAAAUAAGAAUUAUUUCGUGCAUUAUUGAAUUAAAUAAAAUUAGUAAAAAAUAUUUUGUAACAGGGUAUACAUUCCAAUUAUAGAAUGCAUAAGUAGAAUGAUUGAAAAUCCCUUAAUUGGUAGUUUAGGUUCACAUAAAAAAGAAAAACGAGAGAAGAAGAACAGGAACAAAAACCCAUCCACAGAAAUGAAAUUCUGAAAAUUUCCCAUCAUUCAUUCAUCUCACAGAAAUGAAAUUCUAAAAAUUAACAAACAAACAAAUAAUUUAGCAUUUUGAUUGGAUUUAUCGAUUGAUUUACCUUCGU